ACCUAGGCCUCAGGGAAGGAGACUGAAAGGACAGUCUGCUGUUCCCAGCUUCUCUCACAGCAAUGGCUCUCCCUCUGAGGUCCUUGAGUCGGGGCUUGGCCAGUGCAGCCAAGGGAGACCACGGAGGGGCAGGAGCCAGCACCUGGCGCCUCCUGACCUUCAUGCUGGCGCUCCCGAGCGUGGCCCUCUGCACCCUCAACUCCUGGCUCCACUCGGGCCACCGCCAGCGCCCCGAGUUCAUCGCCUACCACCACCUCCGUAUCCGCACCAAGCCCUUCUCCUGGGGAGACGGCAACCACACCCUCUUCCACAAUCCCAGAGUCAACCCUCUGCCUACGGGCUACGAACGGCCCUGAAGCCUGGGCGGAUGCCCCCAGGUGCAAUAAAGGUGUGGAA